AUGUUUCCUCAUCAGGUAUGAACAUCCACUGACAUUGUAUCAGGUCACCAUUGGGUCUUCGACUGUAAGUCAAGAUACAUAUCUCAUUGACAUACGCACCAUUAUAAUACACCACCUUCUUGUUGUACCUGCUGACAUCUCAGAAAGUUACGUAAGAUCUCUUAUUGGAUUUGACACUUGUAAGUUACAUACAUCGCUGAACAUUUUUCAAGUUCAUUUCGAUGUUCCCACUCCAUAAUACAAUACAUGCUAACGAACUCUUAGUUUGCAUCAAGUAUUCUUGAGCGUAAGUCAUCUACAUACCAUACCAGCAUUCGUCUGGUUAAAUUUCCCGACUUCAUGUUGGACUUCUACUAAGCGCGCAUUAGUUUACGAUAGUACUUGAGUCAAUUAUCGUCAGGUAUGUUUCUUCAUCUACCCCAACUCCACUUCAUCCUUUUUGCUUUUCCGACUUUGAUGAACAUCUACCAACUCUGAUUUAGUUCACGACAAUACUUUGCUUUCGGCGAUUACUUGUACGUUUUUGAUCUUCGCGUAAGAGCGAUGUAUCGAGGAUGUUUCCCUCACUCUGAAAAUGAUGUGCUAACAUAGACAUAGUUUACGACGAAAGCUGGCUGCUUCCUGAAAUCUUGCAUUUCCGUGAGCACAUCACUCUGAUUUUCAUUUUCGAACUUCAAGGAUUUUCUGCUCACAUUCAAAUAGAAUCAGACGAAUCAUCACUGCCUUGCAUAUUAUUCUGUCACGGAAGUACACCACCCUAACUUCAUUUCAUCAAUUUCAAAAAAUAUCUGCUAACUUUAAUAUAGUUUCAGACAAAUACUAUUGUCUUUUGAGAUCUUACGAUCGUGUAAGUACGCUACUUGGAUUUUGUUUUUUCAACUUCAAGAAGUACCUACUUACCCCAAACCAGAUUCAGACGAAUCAUUUGGGCAUUUGAUUUUUUGCAGUUCCGUAAGUACACCGCAUUGAAUUUGGUUCAUCAGCUUCGAGAAGUAUUCACUAACAUUGACAUAGAUUCAGAGCAAACAAGUUUUUGACUUUUGGCACAUUGCAACUUUUGCAGUCGCGUAAGUACAAAAACCCAACUUCGUUUUUCCAUAUCAAAAGGGUAUUUACUAACGUUGUAACAGAUUCAGAUAUCUCAAUUUCGGUUUUCGACUUUUUGCAUUUUCUGCAAUUGCGCAAGUCCAAAACUUUGAUUUUCUUUUUCCAACAUUGUUGGAUAUCAGCUAAAUUUGAAAUAGGUUCAGAUCAUACACAUCCAUAAUUCGGGAUUGUGUUUAUUUUGAAUCAUCGUAAGUACCAAAAACCAACUUUCUUUUCCCAACUUUUGAGAUUACUUGUUAUCUUCUUACCAAAUUACGUGAUAACGUUUUUGGGAAUGAAGUUUUCAAGUUUUUGAAGUUAUCACGACAUCAAAAUCUCAACUUUGUUGUUCCAACUUUUGGUUGCAUUUUCUUACUUUAUGACAGGUUGUGAAAAUCAUUCAUUGAAAUCGAAUCACGUAAGUCUUUCUAUCAUCACAUUUCUAAUAUGAUGAAUUUCUUACCCCAAAAAAUGGAAAAAUUAACUAACAAUAACAUAGCUCUCGAAAAAUGGCGUGGCGAAACGAUCGCAACAAUGACAAUAGUCAUCAGCCACCCUACAAUUUUGGCGGCGAUGAAGAUGAACACAAUCAUCCACGUCCCAACCAAAAUCGUCAAAAUCCUGCACAACAGCCAUAUAACCCAAAUUUCGGAAUCGGACCGGGUACAAUUGGUAUCAACAGUGAUUUCUACCGAAAUCAAGCUGCCCAAUACCCCCGCUACCCCCCUCAUAAUGUGCAAAACAACUUCGGAACCCCACCAAAUCCGUUUUUGCACCCCCAAUUCCACCCCUCCGGUCCUCAAAUCAGCACAGCUGGUACUCCUACACAUUUUUCGCCUAUUCCUAGGCAAAAUCCGCUCCAAAAUCCCGGUCCUAUGGCUGCUGGUUUCCGCCCAGAGGGAAAUUCCAUGUUUUCUCCGCCAAAUUUGCCGAAUCCGGACUUUCGCCCUGCCCCUGAGGGUAAUUUACCACCUAUUAAUCACUUGAAUCUUCGCAGAUCUGGUCAGGGUGCCGCGGAAGAGGAUGAAAACGAUGAGGACGAGGCCCCAGAGCGGGGGGACACUGAUGAGAGUUCAUCAGAUUACAAACCAGAGCGAGAGGACCGCCCACGCCCUAGUUUUGGCCCGGGAUUGGCGAGAAAAAGCCCUUACAUGACACCAUCCAAGGGAGCACCGGGAAAGAAGACGAGAGGAACACCGGCAAAGAAGACAAAGCCUGUGUAUCAGGCUCGUUACCGAAAUCUCCAGGAAAUGAGAGACGCCCGUGCCCGACGACACCAGCUUGCUAUGAAUGAGACUGCCGACAAUCAUCAGGCAGCACAUAUGCCAGCGGAAGAAGACUAUCCUGCCUAUGUAAAGGAAUUAUUCGAGGCCAUGAUGAACACAGAUCCUGAUGAAUGUAUGGACCAUCCCGAAAAUAAUAAUGGGAAGAUUUCUCAGGCCAUGAAUGCGAUCAAUGCCGGGAAUUGGCCUACUGAUCACGUAGAGGAACGAGCAUGGGAAAUCCUGGUAAGUACCUCUUCAUUCUAUGUUCAAGCCCUAUUAUACUAACCCUUUGCUUAGGAUACACUGGUUAACAGAGGCGGUGCCUAUGGCACUCGCUUAAUCCCUCAUUUUCAACGCCACCCUCUAGAGCCAUUUGGAAAACAUGAUACUUUUGAAGCUCGUUUUAGAGCAAUUGUUUCUUCUUUGAAAGUAAGUCAUAUCCCUACCUAUUACCCCCAAAUCACGGAUUCGCUAAUGUAAUUGCUUGUUUUAGAAGAGCAAGGCUCUCGUUAAGAACAUUCUCGACCCUCAGGGACAUAUUGAUCGCCUUGUGGAAGCCCCAGAGAACGCCUUCAAGGUAAGUUGACAUGAAUUCUAUACCACAGGAAUAUACUAAUGUGUUUUCAUAGGCGAAGGAGUCCAAUAAGAAGGUCAACGCUCAGCGUGACCGACAAAACAAGCUGGGCCGUACGGCCAUGAACAGAGGCGUCGUAGACGCAGAGAAAUUGGGAGAAUUGCUCCCUGGAGAAGAUAAAACUGCCACUCCUGAUGAGCAGAAGAUCAAACCAGAGAAGCGGAAGCGAAGAAUCGCUCAUCAAACCGAUAGCGAUGAUGAUGAGGAGGAGGAGGAGCAUUCUCCUGCUCCUAAGAAGCGAUCCAGACGCUCUCAAAUUUCGCGGAAGAUUCUGCCUGAUACCGCUACCCAAAAUGGAUCCAGAAACCUCCGCUCUCAAGGCCCAGCACCACCACCUUCAGAACUGGAGGACGAUUAUAAGCGAAUCAUCGCUAGACUGUUGGGCGUACCGGAGCAGGUAGCUAUGACGUUUACCCUCGCUCAAUUACGAUUCUACGCUAGGGGUUAUAAUGUUUCCAUGGAUAACCGCCAAUGGGAACACCCUAGACUUGACAUGGGAAUGGGCCUCGGUCCGUGUUUUGAGGAGAAGAUGGACGGAUCCCUGCGUGAUCUCGAUCGCAUUCAUCUCGCAGUUCUAGAGGAUGAGUACAUGCCACUUCUUCGUGCCAGAGGUGAUGUUACUGCAGAGAACGCGUAUCACCGUUACUUUGGUCCCGCUCAGGACCGCCGGGAGCGACAAGCCCUCGGAGAAAUCGAUAAUCCUUUUGGGCGAGAGGCCUACUAUUAA